AUGCUUAAGGAAGACUAUGGUUACCCAGAUACUCUUGACUUUAGUGACAGAUAUAAAGAAGCUAUUAGAAAGUUCAAGGAAGGAAAUACUGACCCGAACCUAUUUAGCUUUAUGGUUCAGCACCAAAUGGGAUAUAAUUUCAAACCUGGAAAAUACAAGCUCGCUAAGGGAUAUGAUCUAAUAGCAUAUCAUCCAAAUGACAUGAAUGAAUUUACUCCGAGAUAUUUGGUGUCAGAGCUAAAUGAUAAUUCAACUCUCUUCAUGAAACGCGUAAAAAAUAGAGACGGAACGAAAGAAGAAAGGGUUAUGAAUGCGGAUGACUUAAAUAGGGAACUUGUUAAAAACGGUCUCGGAAUAUAUGAAAUGCCAGCAGAUGAGGUACAAGAAACUCCACAGGAAGAAGUUCAGAUACAACCAGACAUGGAAGAAAUAGUUCAGCAACAACAGCUAGAAGAGCCUGAAGGAAACGAACAAGUUCCUCCUUUGGAAACUAACUUCACAGAACUAGAUGAAGAUUUGGAACAGCCGAAAAAUCUUGACCCUCAACAAGACUAUGCGGAGAAUAUGGAAUCUUUCCAAGAGUCUAAGAAAAAUUCGGCUGACAUAGUAGAAGAAUAUCGAAAAAUGUUCGCCGACAUACAAAAGACUCCAACAUCAGAUGAAAAUAUUCAGCAUAGAAUGGAAGAACUGAAAGAAA